CUCUCUGGUCAUCUGUCUACUUAUGCUAAGCCUUGCACUGCAGAAGCAUUUGCAGUGUUCAUCUGUGACCGACCAGCCAUGGCGCAGCACAAGUGGAGCUUAUUCUCUGUUGUCAUCCACCUUUCAUUUGCAGUGAUGGUGAUUCCUCUGGUGAGCUCGCUCUCCUUCAACUUCACUAGUUUCAGAGAGGACGACCAGUCAUUCCAUAUAGAGGACGAUGCAUCCUUCAAUGGCACGGUGAUCGAUCUUACGCGGUACCCCAUGCAAUAUGCCACCGGCAGAGUGGUGUACAACGAGCCGCUCCUCCUGUGGGAUGCCGACACAAGAAAUCUGACUGAUUUCACCACGAAUUUCUCCUUCAUCAUCGAUUCCGUCAACGAGUCGUCGUACGCCGACGGCCUGGCUUUCUUCCUGUCGCCUUACGGUUCCACCUUUCCUACCUACUCGAGGGGAGGCUUCCUCGGCCUCUUCAGCAACAGGUCCCUCGACAAUACGACCGUCAAGACGGUGGCGGUGGAGUUCGAUACCUUCUCUAACGAAUGGGAUCCGAAGGGAAAUCAUCUUGGAAUCGAUGUCAACUCGAUCAUAUCAAACAAGACGGUGCCGUGGAACAGCCGUGUCAGGGAUGGCAGACGGGCAAAUGCAUGGGUGAACUACGACGCCACCACCUUCAAUUUGAGUGCCUUCGUAACCUACGGUGCAGAUCGGCUCUCCAAUGGCAGUACCAGCCUAUCCCUCACCGUUGAUCUGCGAGAUUUCCUGCCGGAGAGGGUAGCAGUUGGCUUCUCGGCCACCACCGGCAGCUUGACUGAGACGCACACCCUCCUCUCUUGGUCUUUCAUCUCAAACUUGCGAACCCCCUGAACAGAGGUAACAAGAAGCUGGUUGGAAUUGCUGUCGCUGCUGUUGUCGGAGUAGUUGUCGUGCUUGGUGGCUUACUCGACUGCUGGUGAAGUUGUGCUUUAUAAGAUCACAUCUUGUCAGUGAGCAAGAUAUGUAGAUCUAUACUUAGACAUGUAAGGAAAACUUAGAUCUUUAUA